AUGUCUCUGCAGAAUUUGUCCAAGUCUGCCGUGCGUGUAGGCAAAAACUACAUAAAAGGAUACACGGACACGCAGAUUAAGACGCGUGAUGCCACUUCCAAUGAUCCGUGGGGCCCGAGCGGCACACAGAUGAACGAGCUCGCGCAGCUGAGCCACAACCACACCGACUUCAUCGAGAUGAUGGAGAUUUUGGACAAGCGCUUGAACGACAAAGGCAAAAAUUGGCGCCAUGUGUUCAAAGCGUUGUCGGUGCUGGAUUAUCUCCUUCAUGCAGGAAGCGAGAAUGUCUGGAUGUACUUCCACGACAAUAUUUACAUUGUCAAGACACUAAAAGAGUUCCAGUACAUGGACGAUGGCGGUGUCGACCAGGGUGUAAAUGUUCGGCAAAAGGCCAAAGAGAUUACGAGCCUGCUCUUGGACGAGAGUCGCAUGAAGAGCCAGCGCCGCGCACGUUCCAACAUGAACCGGGUCAAGACAGACCCGACCGACUUUAGCGAUGACGCGGGCCGCCGCCGGCGGCAAGAAGAGAACGACCGCAUGUCGCGAGAAGACCGUGAGCUCCAGCAGGCACUCGAGGAGUCUAAGCGCAUGGCGGAGGAAGAAGAGCGCCGCAAGCGUGCUUCAUCAAAGAACGACGACGACUACGAGCGCGCGCUGCGUCUCUCGAAGGAAGAGGAAGAGAAGAACAAGAACAAGGACAAUCUAAUCAGCCUGGAUGGUGAAGACGACCCUAAUGCAUACGCCAACCUGCAGCCGCAGUACACGUCGUUCAACCCCUAUAUGCAGUAUCAGCCUACCGGAUUCAACCCCUUCUUCCAGGCACAGAUGCAGCAGCAGGAAAUGAUGCAACAGCAAUACCUCCAGCAGCAAGAGUACCAGCGGCAACUCGCGCUGCAGAAUGCUGCGCAACAGUACCAAUACAUGAUGACCCAGCAGCAGCAGCAGCCGCUCAUGCCGCAGCCGACGAGCUUUGGGUCGAACAACCCCUGGCUGAACCCCAACGCGUCUGCUGCGGCGCCGGAGCCCGAGCCUGCGCAAGAGAUCGAGGAGGACGACAAGACGGAUACCCUGAUUUCCCUCGAUGGGCCUUCCGAGGUCGAGCCGCCGAAGCCCAAGCCGAGUGGCCCGCCCAAGGUCAAGAUCAGCAAUGCGCACCCCGAGCUGGACCGCUUGCUGGCGUCUGGCGACGGUGUCGAUACCUUUGGUAACACGGGCGACAUGCGUCUCGGGCCCAACGUUGCGUCCUGGAACCAAAAGAUCCAGGAGCAGCGCACCGGCCAGGCGGCGUCGUUGGGCGGCGCGGCGUUUGGCCAUUCUUCGCCACUGCAGUCUCAGUACACCUCCUCGAACCCCUUUUCGCAGUGA